GACCAUGCAGCACCUUUAAGGGUGGGCGGGCUUUAGGAUGAGAGGCGGGACUUCUGGGUUUCACGUGGGCGGUUCUGAUUUGACAGAAGGAAGAGAACUAGUGACAGAAGGAAGCGAACAUCAAAAAGCCGGGUUGUUCUGUUGGUUUCUUGAAGAAACUGGGAUCUAUGGCCGUUAAAGGGAUGAAUCUGGGCAGUGUUUGCUAUCUUGUCCUGUAUUUUGUUGCGGCAGUGCUUGCAGGGCGAGAUUUCUACAAGAUCUUGGGGGUGAGCAAGUCGGCAUCCGUGAGGGACAUCAAGAAGGCUUACAGAAAGCUGGCUCUCCAGCUUCACCCUGACAGAAACCCCGAUGACCCUACUGCUGCUGACAAAUUCGCAGACCUGGGGUCAGCCUAUGAGGUGCUUUCAGAUGAUGAGAAGAGGAAGCAGUAUGAUGCAUAUGGAGAGGAUGGUCUGAAAGAGGGUCACCAUGGUUCUCACAAUGAUAUCUUCUCCAGUUUCUUCGGGGACUUUGGCUUCAUGUUUGGAGGUAACAGGCAAGGACAACAGGACAGGAACAUUCCCAGAGGAAAUGACAUAGUACUAGACCUGGAGGUCACACUCGAAGAAGUGUACUCUGGGAACUUUGUAGAGGUUGUGCGCAACAAGCCUGUAGCCAAAGAGGCCCCUGGGAAAAGGAAAUGCAACUGCAGACAGGAAAUGAGGACGACGCAGCUCGGACCUGGACGCUUCCAGAUGACCCAGGAAGUAGUGUGUGACGAGUGCCCCAAUAUAAAGCUGGUGAAUGAGGAGAGAACUUUGGAGGUGGAGAUUGAACAGGGAGUGAGAGAUGAGAUGGAGUACCCUUUCAUUGGAGAAGGUGAACCUCACAUCGACGGCGAGCCAGGGGAUCUACGCUUCCGCAUCAAAGUUAUGAAACAUCCAGUGUUUGAGCGUCGAGGAGAUGACCUGUACACUAACGUCACAAUCUCUCUGGUAGAGGCUCUGGUUGGCUUUGAGAUGGACAUCACACACCUCGAUGGACAUACGGUUCACAUUGAGAGGGACAAGAUCACCAAGCCUGGUGCCCGGCUGUGGAAGAAGGGAGAAGGCCUGCCAAAUUUUGACAACAACAACAUCCGUGGAUCUCUCAUUGUCUCCUUUGACAUCGAGUUCCCACAGACACAGCUGGAUGACAAUCAGAAAGAGGGAGUGAGAGGGAUUCUGAAACAAUCGUCAGUACAGAAGGUUUACAAUGGACUACAGGGAUACUGACACAACAAAAGACAGUCUGGACUGAGUUCUGCGCCACACAAAACAACACACACACAAACAAAGGAGCACGCUUAGGGGUGUAUUUAUUUUUUGAUUGUUCUCAGGAUGGGUUGAUUUGUUUUAUUUUCUAAUAUUCUGAAGGUGGCUUGAUGUUAUUUUUUUUAAAGAAGUCCUGGUUUAAUGCUGUAUUUGUCCCCAAAAUUAUUUUACUACCACCUUUAAUUCCCCCACAAAUGACAAAUGACUUAUUUGCUUCAAUUUGGAGAGUUUGGAUCUUCAAGUCAACAUACCUUUUUAAUGUAAACUAAUUGUCAUCCAAUGUCAACCACUCACAUACAUCUUGGAUCAUGAAGGCUCCCAUUUCCAAUGUUAAACCCAUCACACCUGACUGAGCUCUAGAAGAGGAGCUGUCCUGGAAUCAAAGGACUCUGGAGUCAACAACUUCUCAUGGACAUGAGCAAGACUGGAAUACUAUCACCCUCCCUGUUUUAUGUAUGUGGUACUGUACUAGGUCGUUUCAUUUAACCUUGAGGGAUUUUAACCCCUCCGACACCUUAAAAGAUUCGGUCAAAACACUUUGUAAAUAGGAAAGAACAAACAACAUUUUUCGUUUUUUUGCUUUUGUUGAAUUAGAUUAUGUUUAGAUGUAUUCUUUGUGGUGUAAGGUUAUGAGUGAGCAUUCUGUCUGCUGAAAGAAAGGCCACUUUGAGUGAACUUCUGGAGCUACCUAGCUGCCUCCUCGUUAGGGUGACAAGGAUAUCAUCCUUGUCUGGAGACUCCAUCUCCAGCUUGCUCUGCCUCCCACCACCAUCCACCCCUCUUUCUCUGCCUCCCACCACCAUCCACCCCUCUUGCUCUGCCUCUCCUCUCAGACUGAGUGUGUCUGAAAUGACCCGCUCCCAUAAGGUUCUGGUCAGAAGUUGUGCACUUUUAAAGGGCAUAGGGUGCCAUUUCAGCCCUGUGUUCUUUGGACUGCUCCUCCUGACUGAAAGAGACUACUGUGAAUAAUGGGAUGUGCUAUAGUACAGGAGGGAAAAUGUACUUUUCAAUUAAAAGUUUAUAAUAAAUAAUUACCUGGUCAAAUAACCUUACAUAAAGGUUACUUUAUGCUUUAAACAAAAUUGGAGUGAAUUUUCAGUAUUCAAUUGUCAAGGGUGUGAGAGAUUUUAUACUGUGUCUGUGUGUACCUAUGCUGUCUUGCCUGGCUGGAGCACCACUGUCCACCUUAUUGACAUCUCUAUCUUGCAUGUCAGUCCAGGCCAGUCGCUGUAGUCCCAAUGUGUGACCAGUAGAGGGCAGCAAGUGUAAAGAAUGGCUGCAAAGGGUGUCUGCUGUCACCACUCCUUCAGGAGGGCCGUAACCUCCCCUGGGCCUCUCUCUAGGCAAGACCUCUACACAUCAUAGACACCUUUGUCAUGGGACUGCAUUAACAUGUCUAUUAUGGCAUUGGCUUUGAGGAUGAAGUGUUGUUAGUGAUCAGUGGAUGGUUGUUUGGCUGUUGGACUUCCUUCUCUAGCAUUGACUAUGGUUUUACUGCAGUGAUUGUCUGACUUAAUUAGUGACAUCACAGUGCUGUAGUGGUGUGUGUGUUUGGUCGGUCCGUCCGUCCGUCACUGUUAACCCCUCUUACUCACUCCUCCACUCUAUCUUAAUCUGACCUCUGUGACUGAGCUGGUUCCACUUACUGACUGUCUGUCGCUGCUCUCCUAAACGCAAGGGGCCAACUGACUCAGGCUUCAUCCCAAAUGGAACCCUAUUCCCUGUAUAGUGCACUAGUUUUCGCGUGGGGGGGGGGGGCAGAAGGAUGUCAGGGAGCCUGCUAGGGUGCGGCAGAGGAUGUCCGCACAAAUCAUUUCGGUAUGGUGAAUUUAUAGUGUGGUAAUAUGCACGUCUGUCCACCAGCAUACAUAUUUGUGUGUGUGAAUACAUGGGAGGUCCGUGUGUGUGUGGAGGUGCAUUCCUCACAGCUUCCCCCAAACUGAUUACUCAAUUUAUCUCUAUCAGGUUUAUAAUGGGGAUAUACCUUUUAUUUAAAACAUUUAUCUUACAAUUAUCACUUGUUGUCCAAACUGCAAAAUUGUGUAUCUGUGUGCAGUCUGUAUGUAUCAUGAACUCCCACAGAGAUAGCAGGGCUGUGGUAUUGGGAGUUCCCUCCACAUCCCACCACACAUCCCUUAGUCAUUAUCACUCUGGAUGAGACCCAACAAGCAGGGGUGGUUGGUGAUUAGGGUGUAUAAAGGCUCUGUGUUUUACCUCUCGUGCUAUGUACAGAGCCAUAUGGCUGCAUAGGAAAAUCCCCAACAGAGGUUAUGCAUCUUCACCUAUUGUUACUGGAAUUAAAGUGAUAAUUCACUCCAACAUCAAAUUUUGCAAACCUCAAAGUUUCAGGUAGUCUAUUGUUGAGUCCCACAAUAGAUACAGCUACAUACAUAUAUAAGCCUGAAACCCAGAUGAAUGGCACUGUCUAUGCUCAUUGUUUUAGAUAGUUACCACCUUUCCUAUUAAUUUAGGAAUGUGGAUUGACAAACAUUGAUUUUGGAAUGGUGAACUACCCCUCUGAGGCACAAGAGGGGAGCAUUGCCUCUGAUGGGCUGACUUACCGCCCCU